AUGAGCCAGUCUAUCCCAACCAGAGUCGCGUCCAAGCUCUUUGAGCCCCUGGCGAUCGCUAAUGGAAACAUCACUCUCAAGCAUCGAGCCGUCUUUGCGCCUUUGACAAGAAACCGAGGAACGCCACUCAACCCUAAAUCCACCGCUGAAGACCCGAACCGCGUCUGGCUUCCCAAUGACCUAAUGGUAGAGUACUACACGCAGCGCGCAAGCGAUGGUGGACUCAUCAUUUCCGAGGGUCUACCCCCCUCGCUUGAGGGAAACGCUAUGCCCGGCGUCCCUGGGAUCUUCCUACCCGAACAAGCUGAGGGAUGGAAGCGAAUCGUCGAUGCCGUCCACUCCCGAGGUGGCUACAUCUACGCCCAGCUAUGGCACUCGGGCCGUGCCAACAUCCCGCAGCUCACGGGGACCCCAAUCGUGUCCCCUUCCGCAGUGACGUGGGAUGAUCCAGAGGAGUGCUUCGCGUACCCGCCGCCACACAGCACAACCAAGGUCAAAUUGUCCGAGAACCCGCCGAUCGAGUUGACUGUGGAGCAUAUCCAACGAACGAUCAAAGACUAUUGCAAUGCCGCGCAGAGAGCGAUGGACGCUGGGUUCGACGGCGUUGAAGUUCACGGGGCAAAUGGCUACCUUCCCGAGCAAUUUCUUUCCACCAACGUCAACAAGCGAACAGAUGACUACGGCGGGACGGUAGAAAAACGGUGUAGAUUCCCCCUGGAAUUGAUGGAAGCUCUCGCAGAGACGGUUGGGCAGGAGAAUCUUGCCAUUCGCCUGUCUCCGUUCGGGCUUUUCAACCAGUCCCGAGGGAGCGAGCGGGUCGAGACAUGGAGCCACUUAUGCCGUGAGCUGAAGGCUCGUCUUCCUCACUUGUCGUACGUCAGUUUCAUCGAGCCGCGCUUUGAGCAAAUCUAUUCUCUCGAGGAGAAAGAUGAGUUCCUUGCAUCUUGGGGCCUUGCAACAGUUGAUCUUUCCAUUUUCCGUGAUAUCUUUGGUGACACACCAUUCUUUUCCGCGGGCGGGUGGAAUGACACCAACUCUUGGGGUGUAUUGGAGAGUGGGAAAUACGACGCUUUGGCGUAUGGCCGUUUGUUCACCAGCAAUCCAGACUUGGUUGACAGGCUGCGCAACGGAUGGCCGCUUGCCCCAUAUGACCGAUCCAGGUUUUACGGUCCGUUUGAAGACCCUGCGAUUGGAUACACGGACUACCAGGAAUUUGCUUCAACGAAACCAGAAGAGCCGAAUGUCGAGAAGAAGUCAUUCUCAUUGCGACAGAUAUUCUCCAGGUUGGUGAAGCGGUUCCGGUCAGGUUCGUAUGUUUAG